CGGUGUCGCAACUUUGGAAUGGAAAAUCUAAGCAAUCCGUAGGGUUACUUCUACCUUUACGACGCCUUCCCCUCUACAGUCGAACUCCAAGCGUCAGAGAAAAUAAAACUCGAAAAAAAAUGACGCCCUUUAAAUCGCAUUUGAUAUUGUUCACGAUCACCAUCACGAUUGUACUGGUAUGCAUUGGCUCGAUCUUCAUUCGGUUCGGUUUCCACCAGGAACUGGUGCGGGACAAGACGAACGGCGUACGGAUUGUUAUGGUGCUGAUGUUCCAGUUCCUUGUGGGAGAUCCCAUCAAGUUUUUGAUCGUGGCAUUGGAACGGACGAUUUGGCCGCGCGAACAUUUCGUGCCGCCGAUGGACAAGAGGAGGACCGAGUACGAUAUGGAGGAUUUUCUGGUGCAGAAAUUGGAGAGGCAGCGCCGCAACCUGAUGAUCACCUCGCACUAUCGUCACGAGAAACUGAACGAGAUGUACAAGGAGAUCAGCAGGGAUCUGUGGAUGUUUGGGCGCUACUACAUCUGGCUGAUGCUGGCCAUGCUGGCCACAUGGGAGCCGCGCGUCUACCGCAGCUCGGAGAUGAUCAAGAAGCUGCUGCUGUACAAUCACACGGACUACUAUGGCCUGCACGAGGUGGUGCAUAUCAAUCAGCUGUUCGACUACAUCGAGAUCAAUCUGAUCAACACCUUCGAAACGAACUCCACGCCGGGCACAACCUUCACCAGCCCCCCCUGGGUGCAUGCCGAGCAAUGGGUGAUGCUGGGCGUUAUACGCGUGAGGCAGCUGCGUCGGACUGAGCGCAAGAUUGGCUGGAGGUCGCCGGAGUACACCGACAUGUCGUACCUGCCCGGCUGGCAAACACCCUACAGAGUGGUGCCGUAUGAGGAUCUGCACUGGCGCGUCACGAGGCCCUGGGUGCCCAUGGAAUGGCAUGCGACUGACAGCGUCCUGGUGAACUUCUAUCACAUUGGCGCCUUCGACUUCUAUCCGGAGCUGAAAGGCUACUCUACGCUGUUGUCACGCAGCAGAACGAGCACCAAAAUGGUCCUCGAUUUCCUCACCGAACAGAACUGGCUGACGGGUAACACAUCGGCGAUCUUUAUUGACUUUACCAUGUACAAUGUGGACAUGAAUAUGUUCAGCGUGAUUACGCUGCGACUGGAGCAGCUGCCCUUUGGCAGUGUCGUUCCGCACGUGGAUGUGGAGGGCUGUGUGCUGCUGCGGGACUUCGAUCAUCUGAAAUGGUACGAUCUGAUUGUGUAUAUGAUCUACAUACUGGUGCUGCUGCAGUUCGGCAAGGCGACGGUCAACAAGGUGUGGUACGAUUCGCGCACCCUCAAGAACGUGUGGAACAUAAUGGACCUGCUCAUAUUCGGACUGAAUGCCCUGGUCCUCUGGCUAAUGUUCUUUCGCGCCUCGAUGGUCCGAUCGAUGCUCAAGAAUGUCAGCGUCUUUGGCAACAUGGACUUUGUGGACUUUCGGCGUGGAUCGCGCCUCCAAGGGCUCAUACAUAUCGUAAUUGGAAUACUCAUCUGCCUGACCACGCUGCGACUGUGGCGGAUACUGCAGUUUGCGAAUGUCUUUCAUUUGUUCAAUCAAACGCUGCGCAUGGCCUGGCAGCCGGUUGCCAGCAUGGCCAUGAUGAUACUCAUCUUUCUGUUCGGCUUCUGCAUGAUGAUGGUCAUCAUUAAUGGCAACAAUAGCGUGUACUUUAAUUACUUCUUUCAGAGCGUCAUUACGUGCAUGUGCUUCUCGUUCGGUUUCAGCUCCCACAUCCAUCCCACCGAACUGUUUCACGGCGGCAAGGCCAUCGGAUUGAUACUGUACGCCAUACUGGGCUUCUUCAUUUGCACCGUCCUCAUCAAUGUGUUUGUGGCGAUGAUCAAUAACUACUUUGCCGCUGCCAAGGCGAGACGCGACUCGGAGGAGGUCAAUCAACUCGACUUCUUUCAGUUCCUGCGCGUCGAGUUUCCAGGCCUCUUUGAUUUCUACUGGCACCUGCCCUGCUUUCGGCGGGGAUACAAGCGUAAGGACCGCACCGUCAGCCAGAAUAUUCGCAUCGAGAUGGAGUACAUUGAGCGCAAGAAUAAAUUUCUGCUUCGCCGCAAAAAAAUCAAAAUUGUGGACGAGUCAAAGGCGGAAACCAAUCACCAGAUGCGUGGCGAGCAGCUGCUUCUCGUCGCCGAGCACAUGGAGACCCAAAUGGAGCUGCUCAGUAUGCGGCUAUUCGGCGAUGCACCACAAGUUCGUCAACCAAAAGGGAUAUGGGGUUUAUUUAGUCGUGUAUAAAAAAUAUUAGUUAAAUAAACUUGCCUGCUAUCUGUAUGUUU